AUGAGUUCGUGCUUUGGCUGUCAACAGCUCGUCAGUGUCACUGAUAAAAUUUGUUGUUUUGAUUGUAAAAAUAACUUCCACUACGGCUGUGUUGGAUACACAAAGACCUCUUUUAGUAGACUUACGGCUAAAGCUAAGUCAAACUGGAAGUGUCCAGCAUGUAAAUUACCUACAAAAAACGACGAUAAUACUCCUGUUAAGUCAAUAUCCUACAGUCCUCCGCCCCACGCACCCUUACCGUCGGCGGCGGGUAACUUAGAUGAAUAUUUUAGGAGCAUGGAGGUUUCGCUAUUGUCGAAACUUAAGACUGAGUUGGUCUCUCUAAUUGAAGAUAAAAUACUAAAGGACAUACAGAAAAAAGUAGGUGCAAUACCGCAGACCAACAGCAAUCACGGGAAAAGAUCAGUAGACUCGAGAAGACAGUUUUAA